GGGAAAAUAAUCACCACCAUCUUUGUAUAUCUUUAUAGUUCGUUGUAUUAAGUUUGUAACGUUCACAAAACCAAACAUGGGGAUAUUGCAGUUUAUAUUGAUUUGUUUAGUACUGUUUGACUUUUGUGAGAAUUCAAAUGGCUAUAUUACAAGAGAAAUUGGUGGUGAGAUAAGGUAUUGUGUACCAAUAUCUAACUGUCCACCAGGACAUACAAUUGUGCCAUGCAUAGACAAAUUUACAAAUGAUACAUGUCGACGGUGUUCUGAAGGACUUGUCCAGCCUGAUUAUAUACAAUCUACAAAGGAUCCGAGUCUGACUGAGUGUUUUAAGAAUCAAAAUGUUGAUAAAUGUCGUGCUUAUGAUGUAGAACCUAGUCGUGAAAAAGGCGCAAGCGGUUGUGGUUCUGGCGGAGAGUUUUGUAAGUGUGAUACAGACCAAUGUUUAUUUGGCGACCCAUGUGCCUGUCAACGUCGUAAAUGUGGCAUGGAUGAAACUAUGCUCACAGAUGGAAGAUGUAUAAAGUGUCCACCAGAAACACGGAAAAAUGAUUCCAAAUGUGGUCCAUGUUUUGAUUACAAGGUAACAGUUGUAAGGUUCGUAUUUUUUAAAGAAAUUAUUAAAAAAAUAUUAACAUUUUAG